UACCUACUGUUCGUUUUGAUCCCUGAGAGCGGUCGGGCGUCGGGUGAGCGUUCGGUUCGGGCCAGUAAAGCGCUAGCUACCGGUGAGAACGCGUGGUCGUCGCGAUUUCUCUUAUAGUUUUCCGCGCGCUUUCAUCGUCUUUACAAUAAAGUUGAUACUUAAAGAAAUAAACCUGUAUUAAAAAUCAUUUUAAAAAUUGUAUUGAAAUAAAAUAACAUUUAUUCAGCAGUGAAAAAAAAAAACGUCGAUUAUGCUGAAAACGAAUAACAAUUGACUGGUACUGAAAAAGUUAAGGGAUUAAGUUGGUGUAAAAAAAAUUAGCAUGAUGAUGGCCAGUGCGAAGUUGGUCCGGGAGUGCAGCUCGGACCUGAGCUCCGACGUGCGCUCGCUGUCCAUGUCGUCCACGGAGGAGCACGACUCCACCACCACAGAGUCUGAGUUUUCUGAGGAGGAGAAGGAGUAUGAGCUGGAUGACCUACAAAUCCUUAAAACCAUUGGCACGGGUACAUUUGGACGGGUCUGCUUAUGUCGCGACAAGGCCGCGGACGAGUACUUGGCUAUGAAAAUCCUGUCCAUGGCAGACGUCAUUCGCUUGAAGCAAGUGGACCAUGUCAUGAACGAGAAGAACAUCCUCGCGGAGAUCAACCACCCAUUCAUAGUAAAUUUACGGUGGUGGACGCACGAUGACUCGUGUAUUUACAUGCUGUUCGACUACGUGUCUGGUGGAGAGCUGUUCACAUAUCUGAGGAGUGCAGGACGCUUUAGCAAUACUACUGGUAAUUUUUAUGCCGCGGAGAUAGUAUCGGCUUUGGAGUAUCUUCACGCGCGGAACAUCGUGUACCGCGAUCUGAAGCCCGAGAACCUGCUGCUGGCGAAGGAUGGGCAUUUGAAGAUCACGGACUUCGGGUUCGCGAAAAAGCUCACGGACCGGACGUGGACGCUCUGCGGCACUCCGGAAUAUUUGGCGCCGGAAAUCAUACAGAGUAAAGGACAUAAUAAGGCUGUGGAUUGGUGGGCGUUAGGUGUACUCAUUUACGAGAUGCUCGUUGGUUACCCGCCGUUCUACGAUGAGAACCCCUUCGGAAUCUACGAGAAAAUCCUCAACGGACGGGUGGAGUGGCCGCGGCACCUCGACCCUGUUGCGAAGGAUAUUAUAAAGAAACUACUCGUACAAGACAGAACUAAGAGACUUGGAAAUAUGAAGUGCGGUUCAGAAGAUGUAAAAAGACACAGAUGGUUCAAGAAUAUCGAUUGGGCCGAUGUGUUCAUGAAGAAAAUGCAGCCUCCCAUCAUGCCGACGGUGUCGUACGAGGGCGACACGUCCAACUUCGAUGAAUACACCGAGACGGACUGGAAGGCGGCGCGCGCGCUUGACCCUGACGAACUUAAACUCUUCGCGAACUUCUGAUCUCCUGCGCAUAAGCAGUCCAAUGGAAACUGUUAGAAUCCUUGUAGUUUUGGCUACCAUACAUAGGUAUAUUAACCCGAUAGUUCCAAACGGAAAUUGUAGAUUUUCGUUUCCUAAUAGGUUUUAUUAUAACUGUAGGUAGGUAUGUACUUAAUUUAAGAGCUUAAACAAGUAUUUACUGAUGUAACAUUUUAAGUCAUAUAAUGGCAGGUAUGAUAUUUAUUUAUAAAUCUGACAAAAAUAUUUCGUAGCCGUUAAUUCAUUAUUUAGAAAAAUAACUGUAAAGAACUACGGAUGCAAUACCUAAAUAUUAUAAUUUCAUAACAAAGUAGAUUGUAUAACCUUAUUUUGUGGUUCGUAUGAUUUUUUUGGCAAAAUAUCAAACGAACCACACUUUAUGGUGACUCAGUAUUGGUGUAAAGUAUCUUAAUUUAUGAUAUUGUAACUGAUGAAAAAGAAGGUACCUAAUAAUUGUCAAGAAAUAAUAUGCAUUUAUAAAUUGUUAAUCAACAAAUUGAAUAGCCGUUUUCAAAUUGUAUUUGUUCAUAUUUAUAUUUUGUAUAUUUAAGUAGGUAGUGUAUGUAUACUGACGCACUGAUAAACAUUUUGGACGUACAUAAUUAUAUACACGACCAAUUUGCUAAUUUGUAUUUGUUUUCUUUUGCUAAGCGUAAGGUGGGUUAGACGAACGUAGUUUAUUUUGCUCGAGGCAAGACAAACAGUAUGAGGAUUCCAUACAAUUGUUUGUCUUGCCCCGGUGAUAGUCUUACCCCACCUACUUACCUUUAGUCUUACCUUAUUUAGCAUGUAAAUAGCAAAGACUUGCAUGCUUUUUAAUAUUUGUGUAUGAAUGUGUAGAUAUAUGAAACUAGUACCUAGUGAAACUAAUGCAGAGCUGCUAAAGUAAUUGAUUGUUAACCUGUUUCUAUUGUGGAUCAAUUUAGUAACAGGGUUCAACAUUUUAGUGAAAACUCACUUAAAAUUAUUCCAAUGCUUGUUUAUUCAAAGAGUAGUUUAAGGUAUAUAUCUGUUAGUAAAAUCAGCUUCGCUAAGAUGCGAUGUCAAAUUUUUGUGAUUUAAGUUUAAAAUAGGCCUUAAAAUAUCUUAAGUUCAAGCUGUAUAAUAUAUUAAGUAUUUAUUUCAAUCUUAUUCUUUGAGUAACCACCAUUGCACCUUUUUUUGUGAUAUAACUAAUAUAAUUUAAAGAUCCUGCGUUUAGGCAAUUGAAUUAUUUUAGUCAAACAUUAUUUAUGAAUUUAAAGAUUCAAUACUUAGUAAGUUAAUAUUACUUUACUCGUCGUCCUAACUAAAGCGACUACGCGAUGAUGAUGCGUGAUGAUGCAAGCAACGCGCCAUUUGAUUUAGUCUCGAAUGAUCGUAUUAACUAAUCUGCAAGGUUUGUUCAAAGCACGCGUUUUUGAUAAUAAUAUAAUUAAAAUAAUAUAGCUCUAUGUAAAAACGAAUAAUAUCACUAUAUGUUUCCUUUGUCACUUUAAUGAUUAGAUCACAAAAUAUCACUAUUAAAAAGGUGUUAGAGUCAAAUCAAAAUAUAUUGCAAGCGGUGCAAGAAAACGUCAUAAUUUCAUAGAAGUUUGACGUUUAAAAUAACACGUUCACCGUCUGGGCUAUCAAAAUCGCUGCCAACUUAUCUUGGUCUGACUCUAUGCAUUGAUUCAUAAUGAAUCCUCUAAAUCAUAUAUUACCGGGAAUAUAACCUUAAAAUUGCGAUGUACUGUUUACGCACUUCAUGCCUUCCUCAGAUGUACCCACGUGGUUCUACAGUCCUUCGAAGUGCGUUAAUCGCCCUUCCUCAGAUGUACCCACGUGGCUCUAGAGUCGUUCUAAGUGCGUUAAUUGUACUUCCUCAGAUGUACCCAAGUGGUUCUAGAGUCGUUCUAAGUGCGUUAAUUGUACUUCCUCAGAUGUACCCAAGUGGUUCUACAGUCCUUCUGAGUGCGUUAAUCGCACAUCCUCUAGUGUACUUCUAAACUAACUUUGCGUCGUGAAUAGAACAACGUUAGGAGAAUAAACGUCAUAAUUUCAGAGAAAUUGAUAUCAAUCAUGACAUGGUCACAAUUUGUCAUUGCAUUGCCAUGCAGAGUUAUCUUGGGUCGACUCUAGCAUGGUGGGAUAUUUAAAGAAGGGAACGAUAAAAAAACAUUAUUUAUUUGUAUAAAUGAGUAACUAUAGAUUUACUUUUCAUGUUCUUUUGUCGUUUUGUUAUCGUGUAGAUUUUUAUCGGUAACUGGUUAAAGUUAGCUAAAUGAAGAAUACUUAUUCAAUGAAAGAAAUAAUAUGUCUAUUUUGAUAACUGUUUUAAAUUACAUACUCUUUUAUACGAAUUGCCUAGGUAGUUAGGUACAGGUUACGGUUUAAAAAUUGGAUUUUUUAUGCUAAUUAUGGUUCCUUAUCCAAAAUAACUGUUUGUGGAUUAUUAAAAACGAGGUACCUAGCAAGAUUAUAGGUAUGUCGAAGAGUCUUCUUGCCGUUAUUUUUCCGGAUUGCGGCGUAAUUAGGCCAUAUAAUAUUCUCUGUGAUUUCAUUUAGUCGUUAAGUAUAAGAUAAUUAAUGUUAUUACUAACUUAUUUCAGUCAAUGAUCACAGAGGCGUAAUGUCAUUGAAACUUGCCUACUUUGUAACCGUCAAUAGUUUACUAAGAAACAACAGGGUUGUAAAAUAUAAAAUAAAUGUACAUUUACCAAAAUAAA